UUCUACAAGACAAGGGGAGGCUCCGAAGUUUGUUAAGAAAAGUUGUUUUGUUUUUCCUUAUAAUGUUAUUGGGCUCAGUCAGAAAGAUUCCUCAUACAAAAGCAACAUAAAGGGCUGUUACGGCGUUGCCAUGAUUUGGGUUUUAAAUUUGAUGCUUUUUUCAAGCUAUGGACGAGGCAUAUUAGCGUUUUCAUUUUAUUUUUUUUUAAAUUCUUGUUUUCUUUGUAACACUGUAUUUCUUAAACAACAAGAUUUAAUGGCCAUGGCUCGUGGCACCGCAACCUCUCCACUGUUGGGCAGCGACGACCACGUGAAAGGGGCCACAGAUAUCAAUGGUUGCCCUGCAGCAAGAUCUAAGACAGGAGGAUGGCGUUCCUCAUUAUUUCCCCUUCUUCAUCUUGAAUUUCUGUUUUGUUUUUUUUGUCUUAUUUUUUCCCUUCUUUUUGGAUGAAACAAGGCGUAUGUGCGGUGAUUGUAGGGGGAGAAAUUGCAGAGCACAUGGCCUUCUUUGCAGUUUCCUGCAAUCUCAUAAGCUACCUCACUGAUUACUUGGGCCAAAGCACCUCCACAGCUGCGAAGAAUGUCAAUGUAUGGUCCAGUAUCGCUGCGUUACUGCCCCUGCUCGGGGCAUUUGUUGCCGAUUCUUUCUUAGGCCGCAACAAGACCAUCCUGAUCUCCUCCCUGCUCUAUCUUCUGGGGUUUGCCUUGUUAACUCUCUCAGUAACCCCCACUUUUCGCCCCAAUUCCGGAAGUAACUGUAGAGAAGGGCUCCUCGGCUCUUCCCCCUCAAAACUGCGAGUGACUCUAUUCUUGUUCUCCAUCCACAUCGUGGCCCUCAGCCAUGGGGGACAAAAGCCCUGCAUACAGGCCUUUGGUGCUGACCAAUUCGACGAGGAAAACAAAGAGGAGAGGAGAUGGCAAAGCUCCUUCUUCAACUGGUGGAAUGUGUGGGUGUGUGGAGGCGGAGCCAUUACUGUGUUGGCAGUAUUGUUCAUGCAGGAGAGUUUUGGAUGGGGUCUCGGGUUCGGCAUCCCGGCAGUUGCCCUAGCGGCCGGGCUUAUAGUGUUUGUAUUGGGGAGGGGAAAUUAUAGAUUGGUGAUGAUGAGGGAUGGGAUCCCUUUUACGAGGAUCGCUCAGGUCUUUGUCGCAGUGAUAAGGAAAAGGAAUGCGAGAUGGGAAGCAGGAAGCGAAAGGGAUACUCUGUUUGUUGUAGACGCAAUUAUAGACCAACAUCCAACCAAACUUUUCAGCCUGUUGUAUGGAAUCUUCUUCCAUUUGAAUAUCAACAGGAGUAGGCCGUUUAUGGUAAGGUUCUUCUUCUGCGAGCAUCAUUGUUUCAUGCUCAGGUGGUUGGACAAAGCAGCUGUUCCAGAUGAUCUAGUUGACGAGUCAUUUCCCAAGAAUAGAUGGAGACUCUGCACGACUACUCAAGUUGAAGAAGUGAAGCUUUUACUGCAAUUUCUGCCUAUCUGUGCCAGCCGCCUUACCUAUGCUACAAUUUACGCACAGUGCAUCACCUUCUUCACCAAGCAAGGCCAGACGAUGGAGAGAACCUUUGGUUCAACCUUCCAAGUGCCACCCCCUGCUCUUCUCGCUCUCAUAGGCAUGUCCUCAGUGAUCAUAACCACCUUAUAUGACUGCCUAUUCGUCCCAAUCGCCAGUACUAUCACAGGAAAAACUAGUGGGAUAACGGAAUUGAAGAGGAUCGGUGCAGGACUUGUGAUACUAACUGUUUCCAUAGUAGCAUCGGCUCUAGUAGAAUCGGAGAGGCUCGAGAUUGCAAAGGAGCAUGGCUUGCUAGACGAACCAAACGCUACAGUUCCCAUGAGUAUUUCUUGGUUGAUACCACAAUAUUUGCUAUUUGGUUCAGCUGAUGUGUUCACCAAGGUGGGAUUGCAAGAGUUACUUUACAGCCAAAUGCCCGAUGGGUUGCGAAGUUUGGGGGGUGCUUUGUACCUUAGUAUCAUUGGUUUGGGGAGUCUUUUGAGCAGUGUACUGAUUGCGCUUGUUGAAAAGAUGAGCACAGCAGGUGGUGGGGAGAGUUGGUUUGUUGAUAACCUCAACCAGGCGCACAUUGAUUACUUCUACUGGUUCCUAGCUCUGCUAAACACCAUUUCCUUUUGUGUGUAUGUCUGGUUGGCUAAUAACUACAUCUACUACAAGAAUGCGAGCCGCAUACCAUGAGGAGAAAGGCAGAGUGAGAGAGAGUCUACUCACUGUAGUUUGUUGUUUAGUGUACAUGCUCCAUUGAUAUGAAAAAAUGAAUAUUUUUCUGUU